UCUACAGGUAGCAAGACCAGUCGUACAGAGGAAUACGGAUAAAUCUUCAUCCUUUGCCUCCUGAAGGGGGAGAUGGUGAGAAUCAGUUAUCACUUUAAGAGUGUGCUAAAACAGAAGCCGCCGAGUAUCGCGAGAACUGUAACAACCAGUGACAUCUCGCGAUGUUUGGACCGGCAAAGGGUGGCUAUUUUGGAGUCCACCCGCCGGCUUCUUACCCAGUCGGCGUCUGCCAACCUGCUGCCGGGACCGAAGCUGGCCCCACGAGUGACUGGCCUGUGGGCGGCCGGACCGACACGAUGUGGCGGCUCGGCUGCAAGGCCAAGGAUGGCACCCAUGUUUUGCAGGGGUUGUCCAGCCGGACCCAGAUGCGGGAACUCCAGGGCCAAAUUGCCGCCAUCACCGGGAUCGCCCCCGGCUGUCAGCGAAUCCUCGUCGGAUACCCGCCCGAGUGCCUGGACCUCAGCAACGGGGAUACCAUUCUGGGGGAUUUGCCCAUUCAGUCAGGCGACAUGCUGAUUGUUGAAGAAGACCAAACCAGGCCCAAAAUGUCACCUGCAUUUACAAAACAUGGUGCUCCUAGUUACAUCAGGGAAACUUUGCCUGUGCUUACCAGAGCGGUGGUCCCAGCAGACAACUCUUGCCUCUUUACCAGUGUGUACUAUGUUGUUGAAGGAGGAGUCUUGAAUCCAGCUUGUGCCCCUGAGAUGAGACACCUCAUAGCACAAAUUGUAGCAAGUGAUCCAGACUUCUAUAGCAAGGCAAUACUGGGAAAAACAAAUCAAGAGUACUGUGACUGGAUCAAAAGGGAUGAUACUUGGGGUGGAGCUAUUGAGAUAUCCAUUUUGUCUAAGUUUUAUCAAUGUGAAAUAUGUGUGGUGGAUACACAGACAGUACGAAUUGAUCGUUUUGGGGAAGAUGCAGGAUAUACCAAAAGGGUCCUGCUUAUUUAUGAUGGCAUCCACUAUGAUCCGCUUCAGCGUGUCUUCCCCAACCCAGACACACCUCCUCUGACCAUUUUCUCCUCUAAUGAUGAUAUUGUUCUUGUGCAAGCACUGGAAUUAGCAGAUGAAGCUAGAAGCAAGAGACAGUUUACUGAUGUAAACCGCUUCACCCUGAGAUGCAUGGUAUGUCAGAAGGGAUUAACUGGACAUGCAGAAGCAAGGGACCAUGCCAAGGAGACAGGCCAUACCAACUUCGGAGAAGUGUGAUCCAUGCAUAAUGAGGAUUGACGCCUACUACCUCACAGAUCCAGAAGGUUCUGGGUUUUCCAAUAAGCUAUUCGUAACCCUAAAGAACAAAAGGAUACAAUGCUUGAACCAUCCUUUUAACCUAAAGCCACUAAGACACUGAAUUCCUUGUUAAGAGUAAAAUUAGUGUGCAAGUUUACA